AGAAUCCAACAGAAAUAUCAUUAAAUCCAUUACCAAGUCAUAUAAAGGAUGUUAAUGUUUGUCUCAAUUAUCUUAAUAUUUGGGAUCAACACUUUAAUCAUUGUGAAAAAGUGAUUAACGAUCAACAAUAUAAAAGAAUUGAACUCAUAUAUUCUUUAUCCGAAUUGUUUUUCAUUUUACUUGCUCUUUGUUCACAAGAACAACAGGAAGA